GAGAAGUUGCUACUGAGAUAAUCAAUUGAACGUGAAAUAUCCUAAUCCACCGUAGUCAUGUUAAACGAAAUGUGUUAUGCCUUUCCUGCUGGCGAUGAAAGCGAUGGGAGUAACGACGAGUGGGACAUUGGGUAUUCUGAUAAUAAUAAAAAAUCUUGCUGGCAGUCUUCCGAAACACAUGUAAAUGGAGAAGAUAAAGUAUCCACCUUGAAAAGGGCCAUUACCGCGGGGAAUGUCGACCUGGUGCGCGAACUCUUAGACAGCGGUCUGAACGUGGAGACACGGCUCGGCUUCGGCUGGACUCCUCUCAUGUGCGCUGUCCAUGUGGCCCACUUUGAGCUCGCUGAACUUCUGCUGGAUCACGGCGCAAGUGCAAACUUCAGCAGAGACCACUAUACAGUUCUGAUGGCUGCUUGCACAGCGGCGUCUGCCACAGAAGAGACGAUCUCCAGGUGUGUUGCUCUGCUGCUCAGUCGCAACGCUGACCCCAAUGUCUGCAACAGGAGCAGUAUGACGUGUUUGAUGCUGGCAGCCAGAGAUGGCUAUUGUCAGGUGAUUAAUUUGCUGGUUUCACAUGGAGCGGAGCUGAACUUUCAGAAUGACAAUGGGCUCACGGCCCUCGUAGUAGCAGUGCAGUAUGGACGUCAAGCAGCUGUGCUGAAGCUGCUUCAACUAGGAGCAGAUAAGUUCAUCAAAACCAAAAUGGGGAAGACAGCAGUUGACAUGGCCAAAGUGUUGAAUUACCCUGAGAUCUCCAGGAUCCUUGAUACUACAGAUCUCUCGACUGUAAAUGGCAAUGCACCGUCCAAAGCUGAGGCGCUGUGUAAAUUUCUCAAUCAAAACUCUGAUACUUACUCUGCCUGCAAAGAGAGUCCCUCCAAGCUGAGUGAUAUUGAACUUCUGCUGCAUGGUCUGAAUCUGGAUCAUCUCUCGAACAUCAUGGUGGAAAAUGAUAUCAGUUGGAGUGACCUGUUGAUAAUGGAGAAGAGAGACUUGGAAAAGAUUGGUGUAACUAAUCCUGAGGAUCAAAAGAUGAUUCUCAGCACCAUGGAGCAGAUGCACCUUGAUAAAGUAGAUCUGGACACCCUGACGCCUCUUAAUAACAUAGACAGCGGGAGUGAAGAUUUCCUCAACUUUCUGAUCAGCCUGAAACAGCAGUGCUGUUACUUGACAGAAACUUUACAGGAUGUCAUCAGCAGAUUCCCACGUAGCCCUGCUGAGGUUGUUCUCACAUGCGAUCCCAAGAAAGAUGCUCAAGCCCUUUGCACCGAUCUUGUAACUCAGACAGGAGACCUCCAGAAAGAGAUUCUCUGUCUUAAGACCCUGCUCAGCAAGACGGAUCUCACAGAAUACAACUUUCAGCUUCAACCAGUCUCUACUGGCCAGAGGCGAACAUCCCGUAAGAGGUUUUCUGCUGUGCUUGGACUCGGAGUGCUUGGAGCAGGGCUUCUCUUUAUGCUGUCACAGUCAAAAAAACUGCACUAUUUUUGAGGUCAUGUAUUGCAGCGACGUGUGUAUUUUAAGUUGUUACCUUAGUAAUUUAUUAAUAAUUGUACGUUCUAGAUUUAGGUUAAGAAUAUGUUUUGAUUUCCCUUUUCGUGGUGCUAUUCUAAAGUGUUAUUCUUUUGGUUUUUCUGGCAAUACGCUUCAUAAAUGUUUUCCCAAAUCACAAUGUUAUCCUUCUCCACUCUUUGCUUUGUAAUCACUGUUGUCAAGUUCUAUUACAGUGGCAUCUGCCGGUCAGAGCUGGGCGGCUAGCAGUUUUUGUUUUGGAAAUUGUUUUAAUUUUGCUAAAAAAAGACAAGUCAUUGCUAGUCGCUGUCUGUGGUGCUGAAAUGUCAUUUCCGGGUGCAGGACCCCCUUACAACUAAAUUCAUGAUAAAAAGCUGGUUGCUUGAUCAGUCAUGUUCAGUUUAAUUGAACAAUUGCUUGAUACGUGUUCAUUUUUGGCUCUGAGGGGAUAAUAAAAUGUAAUAUGGCAUGUGGAAAGCCCUGUUCUGAAAAUGUUACAUAAGAUUAUUUAUUUAGAUGCAUUUAUUAUGUGCAAUCAAAAGUUAGGCCAAGUACAAUACAUUUAAAACAACCACUUUAAUGGAUAUUUUCUGCUAUUUGACUCUGUAGAAAGAUGAGAGACUUGAAUAUGUCCUCCAAGGUGCUGAAGCAAUGUCAAAUAUGUUUUUCGAUAUGUUCAAAUAUUUUUCACAAUAUUGGAAUUAAUUGUGUGAAAGGGAAUGUCAAACAGUUUCUAAAACUUAAAGUAGCGAUCAAAUGUAGAUUUAUCUGUGCUUUUUGACCAGUUUUCCAAAGCUGUUCUAUGUAGCCAAUUCGUAUAUUUCUGUGACAUUUAUGAAAAUGUAAAUGAUUAC